GCUGCCUGGCAACGGGAGCUGUGAUGAAGAGGGGCAUGAGCAGGGCAGGCUUCAGUCCUGCAAGGGAUGAGGAAGGAGGAAGGAGGCUGCCAGCUGCUCAUUCUUUUUUUCAUCCCUUUUGCUCACCCCCUUCGUUAUGCCUUUUGCUGAUCCCUGACUGACCCAGCUGGGCAAGAAGGCUUCUGACCAGCCAGGGACCGAGUGUGUGCAGACAUGGAAACACCCCUGGACACGCUCAGCCUCUCCCAGCUCCUGGAUCUCUCCAUUGGGGUACCCGAGAAAGGAGCCAUUCAAUUUGCAGCCAUGAGAAAACUGCUGCAGGUCAUGCUGGAGCACCUGGACGUGCAGUACCUGACCACUGAGGAGCCGUGGCCGGGCCAGCUGAGUGGCCCCUCACUCGCUGAUGUAGCUGCUGAAGUGAAAGAAAUUAAGAAGGAGAUGGAAAUCGACAAGAAACACACAUCUGAGGUUCUUGAGGACGCUGAUGGAAUCACAAGUGCAUCAAAGGGCUUAACCAAGUCCUCUAGGUCAGAGAACUUGAAGAAGAAGAAGAAGGGACAGUCCGGCACGACAAAGGAAAAGAAGACCCAGGGGGCGCAGGAUGAGGACGUGCCUCUCUCCCUGGAUCUCCGUGAGGAAGUUCAAAGGAUAAAGACAGCACAGACCCACAUGGCACAGACGAUGAAGGAGUUGGCUGCCUCGAUGAAGAAGCUGGAGGAGGACAUUAAAAAGCUUAGGCAGGAUACAGCCCAGUGGAGAGAAGAGACCAGUGAAGAGCUCUCUCAGCAAAUUGAGGCUGUGCUGCAGGAGACAAAGCGAGAGCUGCAGAAGAUGGAAGAGCAGGAGGAGAUGAGGAGUGCCAUGCUGGAGCAGCUGCUGACAGUGACCCAGUUGGCUGGAACAGAGGAGACAGUGGGGAGCAUGGAGGAGGAGCAGAAGGCAAAGGGGGAGUGCCCCAGCUGCUCCGUCGACAUCAGUGAGCAGUUGGGGGAGCUCCUCCUGCGCUGUGAGAAACUCCAGGAGCAGGUGGACUCCCUGGAGUCUCGGCAGGUGGCCAUGGGCAAGCUUGAAAGGAUGAUGAGGAAUUGGGGCCAGGAUCAGGAGAUGAUGCAGCCCAAGGAUGCCACAGUUGUGCAGAUGCAAAGGGACUAUGAGAAGCUCAGCUUCAUCUCAGAGAGUCUUCAGAAGGACUCUCAACAAAAGCAGCAGGCAAUUGAGAAGGCUGACAAAGCUGCCUUGGGCAGCAAAGUCAACUGCAGCCAGUUUGAUGCAAAUAUGGAGCGGCUGGAUGAGAGGAUGCAGGAGCUGCAGAGCCAGAUUUCAGGCCAGGAGGAGCACUGGAACAAGAUGCAGCAGCAGUUCAGUGAUGCAAUGGAAGAAAAGCUGGAUCGCCUGGAGCUGAAGGCUUUCAGUAGCCAGAUGGGCGAGAUGUGGAGGAGAAGCAUUGACCACCUCAAGAGUUUAACCAAGGAGGGUGACAGUGGUGCUGGGAUUAGGAAGCAGCUGCCAGUCCCUUUCUCAUGCCUGUCCUGUGACCGCAUGCUCACCAUGCACGUUCCUGGCCAGAACCCCGAGACUCUCCCAUAUUUGCAGCCGCUGCCUCCCAGCAAGGAGCCACAGUACAGCCAAAGGGCCCAUGGCAGUCCCCCCCGUGUGCGACAUUGCUGUGGGGACCAUCACAGCAGCACCUCCGCGACGCAGCACAUCAAGGCUUCUCCACAAAUAAGUGCACAGCCGCCACGUCUCCUCAACAGGCCCAGAGUGAACCAGCUGCUGGACAGUAGUGGACACACAUGGAGGGGCCGUAGUGACCAGCUUCCUGCAGUGAUUAGGACACUGCACGAAUCAGGCCCUGCCACCUCACGGGAGCACCGGCCAGGCACAGACCCCCGACACAUCUCCUGGGCAAGAGGGCUCCUCCAGCCACUCCAGCCCCGCCAGACAUCCACAGCCCCCAUCCAGGUGGACAUGACCCAUCGCCCGGUGCUCGAUCUGGCACAUCUUGUCAGAACUCCUUCCCUGCUCCUGUGGCUCUGCCACCAGGGUGAGCAGAUCGCGGCCCGGGGCCAGGCCCUGAGGCCGCUGCCCAGGGAAGCAGGAACAGCACUGCAGAGCCCGCACUGCCUGAGGCCUCAUGGGCUGGGAAGCCAAGGGCAGAUCCCGAUGGUGCCUGGCAGGCACUGCUGGCGCUGCUGGGCUCGGCUGCCGGCUGAAAUCCUCACAGGCAGCCCUGAUGCCGACUCAGGAGCCGCUUGCAGCCAUGUCCGAGCGCUGGCCCCGGCCCUCAGCCCCCAGCGGCCUCAGGGCCUGGCCCUGGGGCACGAUCUGCUCAUCCUGGUGGCAGAGCCACAGGAGCAGGGAAGGAGCUAA